AUGUCCUAUAAAAUCGCCUACGACGCUGCUCUCGCGCCGCCACGCGGGCCGGCCAUCGUUGCUUUCAUGGAGGACUUUUACCGAACCAGUGAUACCGAGUCCUUGCACGAGAAAUAUGUGGCAAGCUUCACGGAAGAUGCUACUCUGAUUAUGGGACCGAAGGAGGCAAAGGGUGCUGCUGAGAUUCUUCCCCUGCGCCAUGGUCUCUGGACGCACGUGGCUUCGCGCAAGCACACUCCUACUCAUAUCUUUUUCGGUGGUGAGAAUGAGAUCAUGCUCUACGGUGGCGUGAACUACCGACUAAAGGCUGAUCCUGAGAGGGAUGUCUAUGUGCCUUGGGCUGGGCGGGUGGUUUUUGCGCCUCAGAAGGAGGGAGAAGAUGUGAAGAUGCAGUUCUAUCAGGUUUAUCUGGAUCCGUCUGCGCAGGCAGGCAAGAAAUGA